GAGGCGGGCGGGCCUUCCGCUUCCGAGUCAGCGGGGCCGGGCCAUGGGGCGGAGGAGGAAGACGCUGCACGACUACGCGGCCGAGUUCUCGGAGCUGUCGGUGCGGCGGGAGCCGGCGGGGCCGGGCCGGGCGGGCGCCGUGGAGACGCUGUUGUGCACGCCGUGCCAGCUGCCCCUGAGGGUGCGCCGCGACCGCAUCCUGGAGCACCUCAGCUCGGGCCGCCACUGCCGCAACCGCCGCCUGCUCCGGCAGCUCGGGCUGCGCGCCCCGGGGCUCCGCUCUGCGGGUCCUGACUCCAGCCUGAACCUGAGCCUGCCCCUGCCACUCGACGUGCCCUCCCUGCUCUCCCAUCCCUCCUUCCUCAUCACCAGUGGAUCUGGUGCUGGCUACAGCAUGGUGCCCUCCCUGCCCUCCUACCACAAGCUGCUGGUUCCCCACCACCCCAUCUCCACCACGCACAGGGACGACCCAACACCCUCCACCAGCCACCCCUCACCGCUGGCCACCUUCCACACCAGGACUGCACCUCUUGGCCAAAGCGGGCCCGCACCUGAUGCCUCCAACAGCCCAGCACCUCCCUCAUCUCACGGUGGCAGCGGCGUCGGCCUCGUGCUGUUCGGCGCGGGGCUCGUGAGCACAGCCUUGUUGCAAAGCCUGCUGGAGGAAGCGGGCUGCUGCCUGCUGUACGUGCUGGAGGAUCAGCUGGAGGAGGUGGAACGUGGCUUUGGCACCCAGGUCCUGGCUGGCACCAGGGUGCUGCGGCAGCAGGAUGCCAGCGUGGCGCUCAGCGAUCCGCGAGUCUCUGGAGCCAUUAUUUGUUGCCCACCUGACAAAGCCCAUGAGAUGGUAAGAGAUGCCUUACGAGCAGGUAAAGGUGUGUUCUGCGAGGGGCUGCCCAGCUUGGACAGACAGACAGCAGAAGCCUGUUUCGAUGAGGCCGACAGGUGUGGGAGGCCACUCGUGUGUGGGUUCUACAAGCGCUUUGACCCAGCCCUGCAGUUCCUGUACAAGAAGGUGCGGGACAGCCGGGCGCUGGGCAGGAUCCAGCGGAUAUGGACCAGCAGCAGCCUCUAUCCUGCGGCCUCUCUGAGCCUGCUGAAAGCCUCAGGUGGAAUUUUUUACAACGCUGCUGUGCAUGACAUAGAUAUUAUCAGUUUGUUGUUGGGAGAGAGUGUGCCAGAUACAAUAUUUUCCCUGGGCCAUGCCUUCUGUGCAGACAUGGGCUGCCUGAGGGACGUGGACACGGUCACCAUCUGCAUGAAGUUCCCCAGCGGAGCCAUUGUCACUCUGGACAUCAGCCAGCACUGCACCAGGAGCUGUGACCAGCGGCUGGAGGUUCACGGGUCUCAAGGGACGUUAAGGGUGGACAACCAGAACCCCCUGGGCAUCACAGAGCAUGGGACUUCUGUGUCCAUCUGCUCCCAAACCCAAGCUGAGCGCUAUAGAGAUGCAUACAGGGAGCUCUUCCGGCACUUCCUGAGAACCCUGAAAGGCCAGGAGCCCCCCGUGGUCACCAAGGAGCAGUUCCUCUGGACAAUCCAGGUCGCUGCAGCAGCUGAGCAGUCCUGGAGGAAUGGAUCUGCCGUGGACUUGCGCAGCAGUGCCGCUGGAGUCAAGGCUGAGCUCGUGUGACAGCCGCUCCCACCCAGUGGCCUCAACAGAAGCCUGGAUGGUGGUUUUGGUGUUCCCACUGGGAAUGCCCAGCAGACAGAGGCACUUCUGAACCAGGAGCACUUGGUGCUGGGGCAGUGCAGGGUUCCUACCAUGUCAGUCAGAGCCUGCAAGAAAUUCCGUGUGGUUUCAUCCAGGUGGCUUUUCCUCCUGGAGAGUGCUGCUGGCCACAGAGCUCUGUUUCCCUGGGAGAAGAGUGAUGCUCCUCGGGCCAGGCAGGGUGGUGUAGGACCACCAAUAGCUGGGAUGAGGGAGAAAUCUCCCCUUGGAGAGGGAACAGCCACUGACUGCCUGGAGGAGAAGUCACAAGCAGGCACCUUCCCAGCAGUGCCACAGGGGAGGUUAUUUAAUACUCAGAAAACCACAGGAGCAUCUGUGAGUAUGUUUAGAUUGGAUAUAUGGAAGAAAUUCUUCCCUUUGAGGGUGCUGAGGGGCUGGAAUAGAUUUCCCAGAGAAGCUGUGGCUGCCCCUGGAUCCCUGGAAGUGUCCAAGACCAGGCUGGACA